GGUGGAACAAAAAUAGCAAAAGUCCACAAUGGCGAGCACCGGUGUUGGUAAGAAAAUUUUUCGUGAAAAAUUAAAAAAACGUGUAUUAUUGUGCAUUAGAAGUAUUUUAAAGUGUUCUGUGUGGAAAAUAUAUUUAUGUUUUCGGUUCAAAAAGGAAUUUUAUUGAAGCAUUUCAAAAACAUGUGACGUGCCAUAGAGAACUGCGGAAGCUUUGCAAGUUUUUUUUUUGUCGGAUUUUUGAUUUUUCACAUCUCCACUCGCUGACAGCAAUAUGCAGUAAAAAAUAUUAGCACUUGCAGCAGUUAAACGGCUGCUAUUAGUAAAGAAAUUAAGUUUGUCUAAUUUUUUGGUGGAAGUUAGCAACUAUUUCAUAUAUAUAAGUAAUGAAUGUAGUCAGCCGAUAACCAGCGUUUCAUUCGCAAUAGGCUGAGUGACCAUGGACCAUAUAUCAAAAAUGUGUAUGAUGGUUUUAAAAUCAAGAAUCGUAAUACCAUUUAAUUAAUUAAUGUAAUGUGAAAUAUUAAUGAAUCACAGAUAUCCUAAACUCUUAAUGAUAUAUGCUAGAAUAUUUACGGGUUUUGUUAGUCCUUUAAACACCAUGACUUAACAUUUUCGCAACCUUUUCAUAGUUCUUAUUCUCUUAGUUUAUCUAGUCUUUAUUUCAAGUUGAUGAACUUUUGUUGCUGUUAUUAUUCCACCACUAUACUCAUUCUACAUUUUUAGGGCCUUAUUUAAUUAGAUUAGGAAUUGAAGGGUUCAAAUUUUGAGGAACACUUACAUGGUUUAAGGCCGUUCACUAUAAGUUUUCAUGAACGCAAAUUGUGGGCAUAAGUGACUCAAUCUGGUUCCGCGAAAUUUCCGCUUGCUGGAAGAGUUGGAUCAAGGCCAGAAAGGUGUUGGAGAUGGCACGAUUUCAUGGGGCCUCGAAAAUGACGAUGACAUGACAUUAACACACUGGAUUGGCAUGAUAAUUGGCCCUCCUAGAACACCCUAUGAAAAUAGAAUGUAUUCCCUAAAAAUUGAAUGCGGCGAUAGAUAUCCCGAUGAACCGCCCGCAAUACGGUUUUUAACAAGAAUUAAUAUAAACUGCAUUAAUCAGAGCAACGGUGUGGUUGACCAUAGAUUAGUACCCAUGCUAGCCAGAUGGAAUCGGGAAUAUACUAUAAAAUCAAUGCUCCAAGAAAUACGUAGAAUCAUGACUUGCAAAGAGAAUCUUAAAUUGGCGCAACCACCAGAAGGCAGCGUUUUUUAGUUGAUCACCUCAAUUGUCGUCACUGACAAUUCAGCAACAGCUGCCGCUACUGCCGUUGCCGCUGCUGAUGCUGUCGCCCUGCAGUUGCUGUCAUCAAAGUUGCCGAAAACCGAAGUCAUAAAUGUUCUACGUAAACGUCGUCGCCGUUGUAUAAGUCGCCACCACUUGAACGUCUUCUCAUCUGAGAACAUGUUAUUAUUAUUAUUAUCAUUCUCUUAAAUUUAAUUAAACAAGUUGAACCGAAAAUGGAACCAUCAAAGAAAUAAAGUAACGAAAAUAGUAAUAAUAAUAAGUGGAAGAAAUUGAAACAAAUCUGAAAUAUCUAAAAAACAAAAAGAAAAACAUGGCGAAACGUUGAGCAGUAGAAAGUAGGGAAAAAGAACUAUAGUAGUAACGAAAUAUGCAAAGAAACAUAGCAACUUACGAAUUCAUUAACACCAUAAACACUAGUAUCACACGCCUAUAAUACACACACGGCUGAGGAAAACAAUUGCAUAACAUAAUUAAGAUUAUUAAACGCAUUAAAUAUUAAUUAAUUAAUGAAAUAUUAACUUGAACAAUAGAUACAGAGGAAAAGCGUAAUAAUAUAUUCAAUGUGCUGCAAAAAAAUUAUGCAAACUUAAGGAAAUGAAAUAAAGUAGCGAACGAUGUUAAAAUUCAAGCGCAUUUGGGAGCGUGCAUCUAA